CGUAAAUGGGCGUAGCAAAGUCGGUUAGUCAAAAUCUCCUGUCCAAAGAAAUUGUUGAAUCUGACUUUCACCCAAAAUUAGGGAUUUGAUUUCCUGGGGUCGAGCAUUUGAGCUGAAUAAUUUUUUUUCUUUUCAAAAUUCAAGAAUGGCUAAAGUGAGACAUUCUCGAUUACAGGCGAAAAAAUGGUCGACAAUGACGCUUGUAUUGUCGAUGUUGUUUAUGUUAACGGUCGUUUUAUUGAUGCUUUUAGGGCUAGGGAUUUUCUCUCUCCCAAUAAACAGCGACGAUUCGCCGCCCAAUGAUCUCACUUCUUAUAGACGCAUGGCUUCUGAAAGAGGAAUAGGGUUGGGAAAGAGAGGGGGGCAGUGGACUGAAGUCCUAUCUUGGGAGCCUAGAGCUUUCAUUUAUCAUAAAUUUUUGUCCAAAGAAGAAUGUGAGUACCUAAUAAAUCUUGCUAAACCUCACAUGGCUAAGUCCACUGUUGUUGAUAGCAAAACAGGGAAGAGUAAAGAUAGCAGGGUGCGUACAAGUUCCGGUAUGUUUCUGAGAAGAGGGCAAGACAAAAUCAUUAGGGACAUAGAAAAAAGGAUAGCGGACUACACUUUCAUUCCUGUAGAGCAUGGAGAAGGUCUUCAAGUUCUCCACUAUGAAGUUGGACAGAAAUACGAUGCACACUUUGAUUACUUCCUUGAUGAGUUCAACACUAAAAAUGGAGGCCAGCGGAUGGCUACUAUGCUUAUGUAUUUGUCAGAUGUUGAAGAAGGGGGUGAGACAAUAUUUCCAGCUGCCAAGGGAAAUGUUAGUGCUGUACCUUGGUGGAAUGAAUUGUCUGAAUGUGGUAAACAGGGUCUUGCUGUGAAGCCAAAGAUGGGUGACGCAUUGCUGUUCUGGAGCAUGAGGCCUGAUGCCACGCUAGAUCCAUCAAGUUUGCAUGGUUUGCAGUCAAUCCUUUUUUCCACUUUUUUUUGUGGGUUUUUUAUCUUUAGUUGUGGUUCAAGAAUGAUUAAGCAGUUCUGUAUUUCCAUAGCAAAAAGAUUUGAUCUGUUAUCUGCUUUCAUAUCAUAAAUGUUUGACACUUAUGUUCAAAAAUUAUUCUCAUUUGAUCAUAGCAACUUUUAGUUAUCUACAGCUAAAUAAACAAAUGAGUUUAACCGUGUAUCUUAUGGCUGAUACCAGGUGGAUGCCCUGUGAUUAUAGGGAACAAAUGGUCCUCUACGAAGUGGAUGCAUAUUGAAGAGUACAAGGUUUAAGCUGCUCUAUAGAGGUACUUGUUCACGCCUAAUUGGACUGCCCAGCCAUUUGUGCUGCACUUAUUAGAUGGCCAUGAUGCCUUUUUAAGUGUACACCAUUAAAUUUCUCAUUAAGAGUUAGCUUGUCUUAAUCUCUAAAUCCCCCAAACUACUUUGAAAACAAUGAGAUUCGAAAUGUACAAGGUCCUUCAAACAACUUUUAGCGAGGUUUAUCAGCUGAUUCAGCUAGCUUUUUCAAUGAUCUGUCACAUGCUUGGGUACUAGUACACUGUAUAUGCUAAAGGUCAAUGAGUUUUUUUUUUGAGGUCAAUCAGUAGAAUUAAAUGAAAUUAUGGCAUGCAAGCAUAGAAAUGCUUAAUUAGCUUAGGCUUGGUUUGGUUGUUUUUGUGAUAGUGAGCUGGUUUUAAGGAUUAAUGUUUGUUUUUAUCUUCGUACAUAUCUUGUUUAAGAACUAAUCAGUUAAUAGGAAGAUGUGCCAGUUGAAUUGGUUCCUUAUUAAUGUGAUAGGUGCUGCGUUUUCCUUGACAGGAUACCAAGGUACAUAUCAUAGCGGUCCAGUGCUGAGAAAGUUUGAUUCAUGAAACUUCAGGUCCAUUAUUCUUUUAUUUGACGGGCAUUUCUAUAAUUUUGGACCUAAUUUCCAGGUCGAGAAAUUCUUGUUUUCAACUUUUUAUUUCCUUGGAAAAAUUAUGGGCAUCCUGCCCGAGUGAGAAAUAGUGUCAUACAUGAUAGAUUUAUUAGGAGAUCGGAAGAUGGAUGGUAAGUGAUGCAUUAACAGGCCACUGUAAUGUAGCAAAAUAAUUAUGAAUACAACUCAUAAUUUACUUCA